AGUAAGCAAUUGGCUUAAUUUACAGAAUAAUGAAACAACAUUUUAUCAUUUAGAAUGCAGGACCGUUCGCAUAAAUAGAUGUACACCAACUCCGGCGUUCGCAGUGUUAAUUGUGGUUUAGUUCUGUAGGUUCUGUAUAGUGUAUAGUAGUAGAUUAAUCGCUUUUUAAUACCGGUAUCAGUAUUUAUUGAAAGCUAUUUUCAUAUUGCCUUAUAUGUAAUAAGGGAAAAGUUCGCAGGCGAGCCCUUUCCACAAUUUAUUUUGAAAAUUUUUUAGUAUAGAUAAGAAGGAAACAUUUACAAUAAUAGAAGAUGAACGGGAUAAAUUCGGUUAACGGAAAUGCCGAUAACGAUGGGUAUUUACCUUUACCACAAGGAUUUGCUACUGCCGCCAUACACGCUGCCCAUGAACCGGAAAAAUGGGAACAUAUGAGUGUGGUCCCCCCAAUAGUCAUGUCCACCACAUUUAAACAACACAGUCCAGCAGUCCCAAAGAUAUACGAGUAUGGAAGAUCGGGAAAUCCUUCGCGAAAUACUUUGGAAGAAUGCUUAGCAGCAGUUGAAGGGGCCAAGUAUGCAAUGUGCUUCGCUUCAGGCUUGGGAGCAACGAGCACACUUUUUGGACUCUUUAAUUCCGGCGACCACAUUAUUUGCGGUGACGACUUGUAUGGAGGAAUUAGCAGACUUUUUAGGAUAGUUGGCAAGCCUCUUGGUUUAGAAAUUACCUUUGUAAAUGCUACUAAUUUAGAAGAAGUCGAAAAAGAUGUUAAACCUAACACCAAGAUGAUAUGGAUUGAGACACCAACAAAUCCAACUUUAAAAGUAAUCGAUAUAGCAGCAGUUUCUAAAAUUGCCAAAAAACACAAAAUACUUCUAGCUGUUGACAAUACAUUUUUAACGCCGUAUUUCCAAAGGCCUUUGGAGUUGGGGGCCGACUUAUCAGUUUAUUCCCUUACAAAAUACAUGAAUGGUCACUCUGAUAUAGUAAUGGGUGCCAUUGUGGUAAACGAUGAGGCCUUACAUAACAAAAUACGAUUUUUACAAAACGCGAUGGGCAUUAUACCAUCACCGUUUGAUUGUGCACAAGUGAAUAGAAGUCUGAAAACUUUGGCCCUUAGGAUGCAACAACAUUCUAAGAAUGCCAUAGCUGUUGCCAAAUUUUUGGAGGGUCAUCCAAAUGUUAUUAAAGUUUUACAUCCAGGGUUACCUUCUCAUCCUCAACAUAAACUUGCGAAAAAACAGACUGCAGGGCACAGCGGGAUGAUUUCUAUUUAUAUAAAGGGCGGACUGGAGGAAUCGAGAAAGUUUCUAAGUUCCCUCCAGGUUUUCACUCUUGCAGAGAGUUUGGGAGGGUAUGAGAGCCUUGCAGAAUUACCAUCAAUUAUGACACAUGCUUCUGUACCUGAAGAACAAAGAAAUGAAUUAGGAAUAUCGGACAAUCUUAUUAGAUUAUCUGUCGGUAUUGAAGAUGUUGAAGAUCUCAUCCAAGAUCUUAAACAAGCUUUAGAAACGAUAAAAUAAAGCCUGUUGCUUUGAAAUAUA